GUCCUACUCACGGACUGGAGACGGGGAAAUGAUGCUCCCUGCACCCACUCAAAUGCUGUCCAGUCAGGAAAAUGUACUUGUCCACCUAUGUCUCAUUUUUUUCAGAAAUCCUACGAUGCUUGCUAGAUGGCACAGGCUCCGUCCUCCUGUCGGCCCUGCAGUCCCUGCUCUCUGUGCGCUGGGCCUGGUAUCCCAGGCUGGAGAAGCAGGUCCAGGUCUUCUCUGUCAUGCAGUCCAUCGUCUCCUUCCUUAUCAUGGGCCCUAUAUCCUCUGUGGUGAUGCUGUACCUCCUCUGGACUGACCUCUGGUGUGUCACAGCCUCAUGUACCAUCUGGCUCUUCUAUGAUUGGAACACACAAACAAGGCAAGCUAAUCGCUACAUUUACAUCGCUACUUCAAAGAAUACAGUUGGACUUAUCAAGACUCACAACUUGUUGCCCAAUCGAAACUACAUCCUUGGCUACCACCCACAUGGAAUUGGAGCACUUUGUAACUUUGCAACUGAGUCCAAUGGUUUUUUAGCCAAGUUCCCUGGAAUAACACCAUUUGUGGCUACCCUGGCUGGGAACUUCCACAUGCCAUUAGCCAGAGAGUACCUGAUGUCUGCAGGGCUGACCUGGUGCCUGUGUACUCAUUUGGAGAGAAUUAUGUGUAUAAGCAUCUGAUACUGAAUGAGGGAUCCAGGUGAUCCAGAGGAGGCUACAGAAGAUCCUGGGCUUUGCCCCCUGUGUGUUUCAGGGCCGGGGCCUCUUCUCCCCUGACACUUGGGGCCUGGUCCCCUUCUCCAAACCCAUCAACUCAGUUGUUGGAAAACCCAUGGAGAUGCCCAAGAUCAGUUCACCCAGCCAAGAAGAAUUGAAUCAUUACCACACCAUGUACCAUGUAGCUCCCUUACACAGCUCUUUGACAAGCACAAGACCCACUUUUGAGCUGAGGGAGGAGGAUGUUCUGGUGAUUCACUGAGGAGUGGUCAUACCCUGGCCGGGUCAGACGCAAGCAAUACUCGUUGGCUGCUCCAGAUAAGCCGUGUACAUUAUGACUGAAGCUGUGACUAAAGGAAACAUCACACAGAUCAAAGGCUACCUGUCAAGACAGACUGAAACACAAUAGAUGCUGCUGGUUUUUCUAGCAUAAUCACUAGGUGAAGUGUCCUGGGGUAAGAUUGUUGUGUUCUGUCUGGAACCAUAGCCUGCUGUAGCACAUUUGAUGCAUCAUUGCUGUCAUCAAAUUCAAUUCAAUAUAACCCCCAGGGGGCAGAACAUUUCUUCAAUUUAUGGUUCUGCUGAUGAAAAUAAAACAGAUAAUGUGUAUUUUAAAUCCAUAACAUUUGUUUUUUGAAUCAGAACUGGGUUGUUUUCUUGGCACUUUCUAAAUAUAUUUUGCAGCGAGAACAUAGUGAUGUCAAAUCAUUUCUGUAUUGGUCUUAACAAGUCACUUGCAUGGCCACGCGGGGGUGUCUUGACUCUUCACUACAGUGAACGAACCAAUGUAUCCCAGCUAUUCAAGCCAUUUGUAAAAUAUUUUAUAUCAAGCAGCCAUGCAAUAUCAUGUAUUAUUAGUCGGUUGUAUGCUUUAAUAUAACUAUUCAGUGGUUCAGUGUGUAUAUUUAAAGAUAUUGUUCAGAGAGACACUAUUUAUCUAAAUUCACUUGUCCUCAAAUUGUUCCACAUAAGAACAAGUGAGGUCAAUAGACACUCAAGAUGUAGCUUCCAAAUUAUCAUAAUCUGUGACUAUCUGUUCACAGAACAGUGAUAAGAAUAAAGGUUUUAAUAAAACAUAUACACACUAUAACAUUCCCCCCUUUAUUUUAGAAGGGCACAGAACACGAAAAACAUUCAACUGUCGUCACACUACAUGUUUUAUUCCUUCUUUAAAACGAUAAUAAAGUAUGAAGGCCAUGACUUCU